ACCACCAGGAGAAAACAAACAUGGCCGACAGCGAGUACUUAAUGGCUAAAGUUAGCGACAAGCGUUGGUAAUUUCUGCGAAACUCUCAGUAUUUGCUGCAGGUAUUUGUACUUUACUGCACCCGAUAGCUGUCACACUACACUCUGCUCCAUCUCACACGUGAUUUUGGAGUUUUAAGUUCAGUUUUGUCGGUCCGUAAAAGGCUUUUUCUAAAACCGGACGUUAGCAUUAAGGGUUAGCCACGUUAGCAUCCUGCAUGCUUUUGUUUUUGUGAUUUAAUGCUACAGGACUGGCGUUUUUCUAACUGGAUUUAAGCGUUUUAGGUGGAUUUAUCCCGGAUUUGUUUUGUUUCGUAUUGUUGGUGGGGUCCAACGAACAGCCAGCUCCCAAACAAAGCCAUAUUUCUUCUUAAAACGGACCUUUUUUGACCAUCUGGACUAUUUUUGUAGUCAUUACGGGACUUACGGUGGAUUUUCUCGGCAGUUUUGUUGAAUUGUAUUGCUGGUGUUCUCCAUUUAGAACCAGCUCCCAAAGAAAACUAUACUUUUCUAUAAAACAGACACUACUUUGACCCUCUGGACUUCCCCUGUUUGUGAUCAUUUCUCCUGAAAACAUGGACCCAAAACGCAUUCACGGUAAACACCACAUUAGUAUCGGUGGAGGUGGAAACAGCAGCAGUGAUUCAAGCUGCGAAUCCCCGGCCUCUCCGUCUCAUCUACCCGCAAACAGAGCCUCUCUGCCCGGGGGGAACGCCUUCGCAAACGACGGCAGCUUCAUGGAGAUGUUCAAGAAGAAGAUGGAGCAAGAGGAGGAGAAGAAGAGGAAAAAGGAGAGCGAGCAAACGACGGCAGGAGGAGAAGAUCAGCAGGAGGAAGGAGGACAGACUUCAGUGGAAAAGAAGCCCCCUCCAGUGACAAGCUUUGUGGGGAAGCGCAGAGGCGGCGUGUUCCUAAAGACCGGCAUGGUUGCGAAGAAGCUGAAAGACGAGACAGAACGAGAGCCAGGCAAGAGCGAUGCCUGGUCAUCGUACAUGGCCGAGGUAAAAAAGUACAAAGCUCACCAGUGUGGCGACGACGAUAAAACCCGACCUCUCGUCAAGUAAAAACUCCGUCAGGCGGGAUCAAACUCCAAAGUGUUGAGAGGGAAAAGCCACCUGGAGACGUUCCUCUCUUCAGACUUCCUGUUCCAGAAUCCUCUCACGACGUCUCUCACAAACUGCUUCAGACCUCCUUCCUUCCUUUUUGUAUUUCAUGUACUUUAUUUUGGUUUGUUUGUUUCGUCAGAAGGUGUUUCAGGAUCUUACCGUUUUAUUUUUUGAUCAUAACUGUUUCAUGUUUUCAAUUCUUUGUCUGGGUUCGGUUUGGGCAUCUUCAAUUAGUUUGGAUUUGAUUUUAAAGCCGAAUCAAGGUGUCAAUUAAAUCUACACUGCCCAAUGA